UCUCUCUCUCUCUGUGUGCAAAAACAAACGAAACCAAACUCCCCAACAUAGAAGAAGAAGAAGAAGCAGAUCGAGCAAGACAAGAACAGAACACAGAAAGACAGAAGUCAGAAGAACAACCUCAAAACUCCUCUACUUCUUUCCACCAUGCACGCUUCAAUCUCGAUCUAGGACUUGCCCUUUCCACUCGGAGGAUGAUGGAUAAUGAACCUCAUCAGGGAUUUGACUUAGAUGACAGUGACCUAGAUUUGCAAGCUGAAACAUAUGAGAAGCAUAUAAGGAUAGAAGAUGGGCUUCCAAACAACUUAAACUUGUGUGUAGGUGAAGAUGACAGGGUGUCAGAUCAAUCUGUUGGAGAUUUACCUAUGAAUGCAGAAGCUUUAGAACCAUACAUAGGCAUGGAGUUCAAUUCAAGAGAUGAAGCUAGAGAAUUUUAUGUUACCUAUGGUAGGCGCACUGGUUUCACUGUACGUAUACACCAUAACCGUCGUUCACGAGUGAACAAUCAGGUUAUUGGUCAAGAUUUUGUUUGUUCAAAAGAAGGCUUUCGUGCAAAAAAGUAUGUUUAUAGAAAAGACAGAGUUCUUCCUCCACCCCCUGUUACCCGAGAGGGCUGUCAGGCAAUGAUAAGGCUAGCUUUAAGGGAUGGAGUGAAGUGGGUUGUCACCAAAUUUGUGAAAGAGCAUAAUCAUAAACUAAUGAGUCCCAGUAAAGUCCCAUGGCGGGGAUCAGGAAAGCACUUAGUUAGUGAGGAUGAGAAAGAUAAGAGAAUCCGUGAGCUGUCCCUUGAGUUGUAUAAUGAGAAGCAAAAGUGUAAGCGUCGAUGUGCUGCAUAUGAAGAACAAUUAAACAUGAUUUUGAAAGAUUUGGAACAACACACAGAACACAUAUCCAAAAAAGUCGCUGAUAUAGUUCAAAGCAUUAAAGAUAUUGAGGAAGAACAAUCGGAAGCUGAUAGUGGAUAGAGUUAAUGCAGCUUGAACUGUAUCUUCCCUCAAUCCUGGUUUUUCCCUGGAUUAUUUGAUUAAGCCCAAUAAUCCUAUUCACGAGCCAUAGGUCAAUUAGCAUACCCGCUUCACCUGUUAUUCAUCAUGGAAGUGGAUAAAGAUCAAGGACCUAAAAGUCAAUUAAUUGUUAUGAGAAAAUCAGUUUGAGUGUUGACGUCCUGGCACAACAUGCUUGAUCUCAUCAAUGUUUUGCAGUAUAGCAUGAGUAAUUAUUCUUCUUGGAGAAUUGCUGAAUCAUUAUUUGCAGAAUUGGGGUAUAUUGUCUUGGCCAAAGAGCCGAGAAAGGUACAAGCAUACUAUCAUUCUUAUGUAAAACUUUUUUUUUUUUUUUUUAAUUUGAUUAGUUGUACAAUUUUUUGCUCAUUGAUGUAACUGUACGUUUUCAUGUUAAAUAUGUUGAUAAAGAAUUUUGUGUAAUUUUCCCUAUGGAUUGCACUUGCAGUGAGGUUGAGCUAGCAAUGGAGAAAGUAUUAUUUGCCUGUACUAA